CAGAUCAAUUUAUCUGUUCUACAUUGCCUGGAAUUUCUCACCCUCAAGUUCAAUAUUCCCCGGGUGGGCUUAUCUUCAAGGCGGGUGGAAGUAACAUGCAGCACGUAACGUCCCUGUCUUUCCUACUCCUGGCUUAUUCUAACUACCUAAGCCACGCCAAUAAGGUCGUGCCAUGUGGCGAAACCACUGCCACCCCAGCUUUACUCAAACACCUUGCCAAACGCCAGGUGGAUUACAUUCUCGGAGACAACCCCUUGGGAAUGUCGUACAUGGUUGGAUAUGGCCCACGCUACCCGCGGAGGAUACACCACCGGGCCAGCUCGCUUCCCUCCGUGGCCGUUCACCCAGCCCGCAUUGGCUGUAAAGCUGGAUCUCGGUAUUUCUUUAGCCCAAAUCCCAACCCCAAUGUAUUGGUUGGGGCCGUGGUGGGUGGGCCCACCAAUAACACAGAUUCCUUCCCGGAUUCCAGGCCUUUCUUUCAGCAAUCGGAGCCCACAACAUACAUCAAUGCCCCGCUGGUGGGCCUUCUGGCUUUCUUUUCAGGCCACUAAUGACUUUGCAAGUGUAUCUAUCUAUCUAUAUAUAUGUAUGCAUUCCAUGUGGUCACCCAAAGGGAAAAGAAAAGAAUGGAGAAGAAGAGUGUUGUCAGUAAUAGUAUAGUAUUUUGGUUUGCAGUGUUUUUCUUUUUAGUAAGUGAAGUCACGGUGGUGCAAUUUGUAUACUAUAGGAUUCUAUGUAACGGGGGUUUAUGGUCCGCAGAGGUUCAAUGCUUUCAAUUUAUACUUCUGUAAUUAACAAUUAAAUCCUUCAAA